AUGAACGGACCUCCACACCAUACAUCGUCUCCACCUUCGUUCGAUCAUCGAUCGAUUCACCACUACAACCACCACCACUCCGACACUACCCCCUUUGCAAAGGCCUCAUACCAGCAGCACCCGUCGACAACGCUCUCUCUUGCUCAACGGGCCUGGGAUAUGACGAACCCGUACCCUACAGGUUCACCGGGGGUUCCAGAUUUGAGCAUGCCGACUGGGGCUCCCGGAUUUGCCCCUCGACGUUCUUCGUAUGCUUCAGUCGUUUCCGGAGUUACUCCAGCUACCUCACAGUCAUAUCUUCAGCCGACGAGAGCCGGUGCAUUUGCCCAUCUACUCAAUCACCCCAACGACUUCAGCGCAGAUCCUACUUACCAAUACUUAGGCCGCCUACCAUACGAUUCUCGAGUAUAUGAUAUAGACUUUGGCGCAAACGGCAGCGUGCACGGGCGAUCGAGUUCCUGGGGUCGAAGUGGGCAUUUACCAAGUUUCUCGCAGGCGUUUUCUACCAUAAUGGACGGGGAGGGAUAUGCUGGGCUGGGGCAUGCCGACCAUUUCUUCAUACCUUCAUACCUAAAGGGCUCCAAAUAUAUUCAAAGACUUGAAGAAUCACACAAAGCGAGAUUACGAGCUCAAAAGGAAGAGCCACAAGCCCAGUCGUCUCAAUCUGGGUCUCUUUCGACAAGCGCGAGCAGCCUAAAUCUACACACGAAAUUAGCCCCUUCACAUCGAGGCAUGACUUAUGAUAUUAUCGAGAAAGCUUUGCCAGUUGAAGAUGAGACGGUACCCCGUCUGCCAUCUAGAUGGAGUAGCACUGAUAAAUAUGGAGGAUUAGAGGUGUUGUCAGAUGGACAAGAAGUCAAAUUUACUGGACCCAAAUCUGAUCGAGAUCGAGACCAUGAAGCGUGUUCUAUUCGAGCGGAUUAUCCUAUGCCAACUCAAUGCGGGAUUUAUUACUACGAAGUAACCAUCAUUUCACGAAAAAGGGAAGAAAGUACCGUUGGGGUUGGAUUCUCAAGUAAAAGCGCACCAUUAUCAAGAGUGCCUGGAUGGGAACCUGAAUCAUGGGCGUACCACGGAGAUGAUGGCCAUUCGUAUGGUGGUCAGAGCUCUGGCAAGCAUUACGGACCUCCUUUCGCAGCAACUGAUGUUAUUGGUUGCGGUGUAAAUUUCAGGACGGGUUGUGCAUUCUUUACCAAAAAUGGAGACUUUUUAAGUAACGCCUUCCGCGAAAUCAAGAGCAAUAUAAAACUCUUUCCUUCCGUCGGGAUGAAGAAGCCCGGAGAACACGUGAGAAUAAACUUCGGUCAGACGCCAUUUGUAUUUGAUAUCGACGGGAUGAUGGUUGAGGAGAAAAGACGCAUUCGGUUAGAAAUCGAGUGUACAAGCACCGCAAAAUUAGCACCUCCUAUGAACGAGACAGACUUGAUCCAGUCACUUGUCCUCCAAUAUCUAACCCACAACGGACACACGGAAACAGCCAAGGCGUUCGCCAAUGAAGUUUAUGCGGAGAAGAAAGCGUUGACAAUCGAUCCACACGUAGAAGUGCAGGGGUUUGAUGUGAAGGAGGACGAAGAUGCUGGUCAUCGACAAGGGAUUCGAAAGGCCGUCUCGGAAGGCGAUAUUGAAAAGGCUCUCAAAUACACCAAUGCUUUCUAUCCACAAGUUCUCAAAGACAACGAACACGUCUACUUUCGGUUACGGAUUCGAAGAUUUAUCGAGAUGAUCCGGCAAGGUGCCGAAAUGCAGCGUUCCUGGAGUACAAAUGGAAUUAAGAAGAGCAACGGCCACGGACCAGCUUACCACUACGAUGAAUAUGUCGGCCACGACAUGGAAAUAGACGAUCAACAAAAUCAGAACAACAACCAUGAUCGUAUGGAGACUGAAGGAUUACCUAUCGAUAAUGAAGCAAAGUAUCAGCAAUUAAUCCAAGACACGCUUAUCUAUGGACAAGCUCUAGACGCCGAGUUCAAAAACGACCCCCGAAGAGAAGUGAAGAAAGCUCUCCAGGACGCUUUUGCUCUAAUGGCUUACAAGGAUCCAUUCACCGAAAGUUCUUUAGCCUACCUAUUGGAUAUCAGCGGCCGGGAAGCAGUCGCAGACGAACUGAAUUCAGCCAUCUUAUCAUCUCUCGGCAAAUCAUCCUCAACGGCUCUCGAGCAGCUCUAUCAACAAACCAGCGUGCUAUUGGAUGAUCUUCGAGAUAGCGGUGGUCCUGGUGCCUUCGUAAAUAUUGAUGAUUAUGCCAAAAUCCACUGA